AUGGAAGAAAAGGGGUCCCCCUUUGCGGAGACACCCCGCUACGGUGCGCGCAGUCUGGUUAAGCUUACUAAGCCUCUUGCACCACGCCCAUGCCACCGUUCAAGUUUUCUACGUACCAAUCCGCAACAAUGGCGAACUCUCCGAACGCAAUCGCGAUCACGAUCACAAGAACUCGAUGGUCUCAAUGUCAAUCGUAUGCGCGAAGAUGCAGCUGCAUAUAAUGCGAAACGGCAGUUUUUCCUCCUUUGUGGUGCAAUUUCUGGUACCAUUAUAACCGGAUACUUCUCAUAUCUGCUUUACAAGGAGCUUUACACACCCAAGAAGCUUGAUAGCGGGCUGCCUGAUAAAUUAAACCCCUUCAACACUGAAGCCGGCUCGAAGCGCAAAACGGUUAUUCAUAGUGGAGACGGCACGGAACUCGUUCCGACCGGGAAUAGCACUAUUCCUACAUUUCCUCGAGUCUUUGACCUUGCGAUUGGGGCUGAAGAAGGGCGGGAGAAGGUUAAUGGCGUGGAAUACACCUUGGUCGGGUUGGGCGUAAGAACGGUGAGUUUCUUGGGUAUCCAAGUAUACAUGGUAGGAUACUAUAUUGCGACGCAAGAUAUCGCAGCGAUACAGUCACGUCUAAUCAAGGAGAUAAAUCCCAUUGCAACGGCGUUAGUACCUAGCGAGAAGGACGAGUUGCGCAAAAUCCUGCUGGAUCCGGAACGGGGGGAAAAGCUGUGGAACGAAAUUCUUCAGGAGGUGAAGCCGCGCUCCCUAUUCAGAGUCGUUCCUACAAGGGAUACGGACUUCCAUCACCUGAGAGACGGGUUUGUGCGCGCAAUAACGGCGAGAUCGCAAAGCGACAGCCGUGAGUACGGCGACGAGGCAUUCGGAGAAGCGAUGAAGCAGUUCCGAAGUUUGUUCAACCGAGGAAAAGUGCCAAAGAAACGGGAAAUGCUCCUAGUACGAGAUGCUGCCGGGCAGCUAACUAUCACAUUUGAUGACGGCAAGACCGGUAUAAGCGCGCUCGGAAGCGUUGCCGAUGAACGGGUGUCUCGAUUGCUGUGGCUCAACUACCUAGCCGGCAGCAAGGUUGCGUCCGAACCGGCAAGAAAAAACAUCGUUGAAGGUAUCAUGGAGUUUGUGGAGAGACCAGUGGGUACGGUUGCCACACAGGUAGUAUGA